AUGGUAGAAGAGGUUGUAAGCCCCUGUAACAAAUCCAAGAAUAAAACAGCAAGACCUAGACCAGUUUAUUUGUGGAAUGUACUGGAUGUACAAAAAUGGUUAAGACGACACUGCAGCGAUUAUUAUCAGCUUUAUCAUGAAAAAUUUUUAUACCAUGACAUUACUGGACGCGUCCUCUUGAGAAUAAACGAGAACAUUCUACUUCGUCUUGGUAUCGACAAUGAGGAACAUCGGAUGGAUAUUUGUCGAGAAAUAAUGAAACUUCAUUUAAAAACUGAUAUUUUAGAAAUACGCGAUAUUGAACGUCGAAACAAUUAUGAUUAA